AUGACGACUGUGUCGUGUUCGCCGAGUUUGGCCGACAUUCGUGCUCUUCAGGCAGACAAUCUUGAUCGUCUUCGCGACACACUUCAACAAAUCAACAUCAAAGAUGUUGUGCCGCUGCUCGUCGCUCGAAAUGUGCUCCGAUCAUAUGAGAUGGGUGCCCUUUAUGCAAAGAACUCAUCGGAAGAGCAAGUCGAUGCUCUGAUUGCGCUACUCAAAACCAAAAACCAUUGGGUCGGACCAUUAACCGACGCAUUAAUACGGAAUGGAAAAGCGCCGAUUGCGAAAUUAUUGAUCGAAUUGCAAAAUGGGAAAUGA